CUGGCCCCCAGUAGCUACUGCUGCAGGCGCUGCCACAGUCCCCGGAGCAUCUCUGUUCUCUUCCCUGGCCCCGUGUGCUGAAUCCCGCCGAGCGGUCCUUCGUGUGCGGGGGCGUCGGCGCGGGCCCGUGCCCUCGUGCGGGCUUCCUCCCGGGCGCGGAGACGGGCGCGCGCUGCGGCGGGCGGGGGCGCGGCGCGGGGCGGCCCGGAGUGGGCCGCGCGUGGGGACGGCCAGGCCGCCAGGGCCGGGCCUCCGCCGCCUCCUCCGCGGCCGCCGCCGCCCCCCUGCGCACCCUCCGGCCUUGCGCCGCCGACGACACCGGCCCUAUGGAUCGCAGCUCCAAGCGGAGGCCCGUGAAGCCCCUGGCCGCGUCCCUGCUCGAGGCGCUCGACUAUGACAGCUCCGAUGACAGCGACUUUAAAGUGGGCGACGCUUCCGAUUCUGAAGGGAGUGGGAAUGGAAGCGAAGACCCUUCGAAGGACAGUGGAGAAGGGUCCUGCAGUGACUCCGAAGAGAACGUCCUGGAGGAAGAUCUCGCCGAGGAAGCCAAGGCCGAGGCGCAACUGCUGAAGAGUGCCGGGGAGGGAGAUGGCCCCGGGGCCGAGAAGGCCCUGGGAAAGACGGAGAAGAAGGAGGAGGAGACUGGAGAGAAGCCCAAAAAGAGGAAGGACAAGGACAAGGCCGAGGGGGCCGCCCCCGCCCCCGCAGCCCCCGAGGAGCAGGCCAGCGAGCCCAAGAAGUGGAACCUCCGCCGGAACCGGCCCCUCCUCGACUUCGUGUCCAUGGAGGAGCUGAACGACAUGGACGACUACGACAGCGAGGACGACAACGACUGGCGGCCAGCAGCUGCGCGGAGGAAAGGCAAGGCCGCCUCGCACAGGGACGGCAGCGAUGGCGACAACGAGGAUGAUGAAGAUGACUGCAGCGGCAGCGACGAGGAUGACAACGAUGACGGCAACGACGAAGGUCACAGCAGCCCGGCCAGCGAUGGGCCGAGCAAGAAGAGGAAGAGUCAGGUCCUGAGCAGGACCAGCGCCGAUGAUGAGGAACUGACCAAUGAUAGCCUGACCCUUUCCCAGAGCAAGAGCAAUGAGGAUUCCCUGAUUCUUGAGAAGAGCCAGAGCUGGAGCGCCCAGAAGAUGGAUCACAUCCUCAUCUGCUGCGUGUGCCUCGGCGACAACAGCGAGGACGCCGACGAGAUCAUCCAGUGCGACAACUGCGGCAUCACCGUGCACGAAGGCUGCUACGGCGUGGACGGAGAGAGCGACUCCAUCAUGAGCUCGGCUUCGGAGAACUCCACGGAGCCUUGGUUCUGCGACGCCUGUAAAUGCGGGGUGUCGCCCAGCUGCGAGCUGUGUCCCAACCAGGAUGGGAUCUUCAAGGAGACGGAUGCUGGCAGGUGGGUCCACAUCGUCUGUGCCCUGUACGUCCCCGGAGUGGCAUUCGGGGAUAUAGACAAGCUGCGGCCAGUGACCCUGACCGAAAUGAAUUACUCCAAGUACGGGGCCAAGGAAUGCAGCUUCUGUGAAGAUCCUCGCUUCGCUAGAACUGGCGUGUGUAUCAGUUGUGAUGCAGGAAUGUGCCGGGCCUAUUUCCACGUCACCUGUGCCCAAAAGGAGGGCCUGCUCUCCGAGGCCGCAGCCGAGGAGGACAUCGCCGACCCGUUCUUUGCUUACUGCAAGCAGCACGCCGAUCGGCUGGACCGCAAAUGGAAGCGGAAGAACUACCUGGCUCUGCAGUCUUACUGCAAGAUGUCUCUGCAGGAGCGGGAGAAGCAGCUGUCUCCGGAGGCCCAGGCCCGCAUCAACGCUCGGCUGCAGCAGUACCGGGCCAAGGCCGAGCUGGCCCGCUCCACUCGGCCCCAGGCCUGGGUGCCCCGAGAGAAGCUGCCGCGGCCCCUCACCAGCAGCGCCUCGGCCAUCCGCAAGCUGAUGCGGAAAGCCGAGCUCAUGGGCAUCAGCACGGACAUCUUCCCCGUGGACACGUCGGACACGAGCUCCAGCGUGGACGGGCGGCGCAAGCACAAGCAGCCGGCCCUCACCGCCGACUUCGUCAACUACUAUUUUGAGAGAAACAUGCGCAUGAUCCAGAUCCAGGAGAACAUGGCCGAGCAGAAGACCAUCAAGGACAAGCUGGAAAAUGAGCAGGAGAAGCUGCACGUGGAGUACAACAAGCUGUGUGAAUCCCUGGAAGAACUCCAGAACCUGAACGGGAAGCUGCGCACCGAAGGACAAGGGAUCUGGGCCUUGCUGGGCCGAAUCACCGGCCAGAAGCUGAACGUGCCGGCCAUCCUGCGCGCGCCCAAGGAGAGGAAGCCCAGCAAGAAGGAAGGGGGCGCCCAGAAGACCUCGGCCCUGCCGGCCGUCCUGUACAGCUGUGGCAUCUGUAAGAAGAACCACGACCAGCACCUGCUGCUGCUCUGCGACACCUGCAAGCUGCACUACCACCUGGGCUGCCUGGACCCCCCCCUGACCCGGAUGCCGAGGAAGACCAAGAACAGUUACUGGCAGUGCUCCGAAUGUGACCAGGCAGGGAGCAGUGACAUGGAGGCGGAUAUCGCCAUGGAAACGUUACCAGAUGGGACCAAACGAUCACGGAGGCAGAUUAAAGAACCAGUCAAAUUUGUUCCACAAGACAUGCCUCCGGAACCGAAGAAGAUGCCCAUCAGAAACACGAGAACCCGAGGCCGCAAGAGAAGCUUCGUUCCCGAAGAAGAGAAGCCUGAGGAAAGGGUUCCUCGGGAGCGGCGGCAGAGGCAGUCUGUGCUCCAGAAGAAGCCCAAGUCCGAAGACCUCCGCACCGAGUGCGCCACCUGCAAGGGCACCGGCGACAACGAGAACCUGGUCAGAUGCCCUUCAUGAGAGCCGGCUCGGCCACAACGCGUCCUCGGAGGCUGUCCAGAGCCCCUUUUAUAAGUGAUUGGGAGGGCGAUCCAAGUAAAGGAGAACAGCUCUCUGGUGCGCUCCUCCCUCCGCCUCUAAGUGUGCAGAGAAUCUCAUUGAGUGCUUUGUCGUCCGUCCGUCCUUCUUUCUUUUGGGCCCUCCUCUGAAACCCUUGACUUGUGCAUGGUUGGAAAUGCUGGAUUCAUGUCUUUGCCGGCUUCUGCGCGGUGCUGGGACUCGGCGAAGAGGGACAGACAGACUCUGGGACUAGAUGCCGGGCCUCUUAGCGUGGACACGCUCGCUUAGCUUUCCGCCUCUCGUGGAGCUUGACGGGCGUAGUCUUGGGUGUCGUUGGGCUCCCGGGUUCGGGCCCACUUGGUUCUCCCCAAACCCAUUCGUAGUGAAAGUGGGAAAGCGUCCCGACUGCCCCGACUGCCGCGGGUGCCGGCUCUGGGUCUCCAGCCGCAGCGCGCCUUCCCCGGAGGUAACACUCUGAUCCCAACCCGGAAUUGCCUGCAGAAAUGCUUUGAACCUCUGAGUGCUCCGGCCCGAACUGCCUGGGAAGACUGUGCCGAAACACGUGUCCGUGGCAGCAAAGCUCCUCACGGAGAGCCCCGUUCAGUGGUAGAGGUUUGGGUGGAAAUGCAUUAAAUGUGGAAGCAGCGCUGAAACGGCUCUGGGCGAUGGAGGGGGAGGCCGGGAGAAGAGGCUCUACUUGUGCCUCAAUAGAGGCAACCUGGUGCGCGUCCGCGUCGAAGGGGGUCUGUGCGUGCAGGAACGACGCUCUCGAAGGUCCUCACGGCUGCGCCGGGCCAGCCUCGGGAGUGCUUUCUGUCUGGGCCUGAGAAGUCCGUCCUGGCUUCUUGUCCUGCCAGAGGAGUGGGAACAAGCGUCGUUUCUGGAGCCUCCCCGCUGGAGAAGCCCCGACGGCCGCUGAGCCCUGGAAAAGCCGCGGCGCGCGGCCGGCCGUCUGCGAGGCCUGUCAGACGCUCCCUGGGCCUCGCAGCUCACGGAGGCCGGCUUUCUGGGCCCCGUUUGAGGACCUUUGGGUCACCGCAGAAGCCAUCAUGGCCUCUUGCUGAGGCCUAAUGGGCCUCCCGUGGUCCACGCUGUCCCCCAUUGGCCCCGCUGCUCUUCCGAGGGAACACGGAUCUGUGCUUUGCCAGUCAGCACCUGGCGCCGGGGAGGUGGUGUGAAAAGAGCCUCCACGGAGAGUCCGGCCUCCCCUUGGUGGUGGUGCGGCCUUCAAGGCCUCAGGGAGGCAAAGGAAUGACUAGCCACUGACCAAGAGCCACAGCACGUGGAGCGGUUGGGACAGAAUCUCAUUAGAGGAAGCACCUAGAAUAAAAACGGAGAAUUCCUUCCUUUUCCCGAGAGCUCCCCCUCCUGUGCUGGCCGGGCAGAAGACGGCGCAGUGACCGCUGGUGGUCAGAACCUCUGCCGUGGUUGCUUCUUUUGUCAGAGCUCAGUCAGGGUCCCAUCGCCCACCCCCGAGUCACCCUCUGGAACCUGCUCUCCCAGCAUGCCGUGCCCGAUGCCUGCUCCAUGCCGUUCACUCUCUGUCCGUAUUUAUGAUUAAAAAGAUCCCUGGCUAA